UCUCUGCGCCGUGACGUCACGGGUCCGGGCGGGCGGGUUGUGCGUCGGCCCAAUGGGAGCGGCGCACUGGCCUCCCCUUUAAGGAAUGUUGUGACCUGACGUCACCGGGCGAGUUACCUCCCGCAGCCGCAGCCGCCGUGCUCAGCGCGAGCCCCGGAGCCCUUGAGCGCGAGGCACGGAGCCCCCGGAGCCCCCAAACCGCAGACACAUCCCCGCGCCCCAGAGCCCCGGCCUGCGCGCCCAGCCGGGCCCGCGCGAUGCCCUCAGACCGGCCUUUCAAGCAGCGGCGAAGCUUCGCCGACCGCUGUAAGGAGGUACAGCAGAUCCGCGACCAGCACCCCAGCAAAAUCCCGGUGAUCAUCGAGCGCUACAAGGGUGAGAAGCAGCUGCCCGUCCUGGACAAGACCAAGUUUUUGGUCCCGGACCAUGUCAACAUGAGCGAGUUGGUCAAGAUCAUCCGGCGCCGCCUGCAGCUGAACCCCACGCAGGCCUUCUUCCUGCUGGUGAACCAGCACAGCAUGGUGAGUGUGUCCACGCCCAUCGCGGACAUCUACGAGCAGGAGAAAGACGAGGACGGCUUCCUCUACAUGGUCUACGCCUCCCAGGAAACCUUCGGCUUCUGAGCCAGCAGUAGGGGGGGUCGGCCUGGUAGUCGGGGGGCCCCGGUCAGGCCCUGCCCAGGGAGCUCCUGGUUCCUGAACUGAGCUGCCUCUACCAUGGUGGGCUGGGCAGGCAUGUGCCCCCCUAGUCAGAGGGCACCAACCCACCUACUCUGCCCCUGGGUGGAUCCUGGGCCGGUCAUGUUAGGGUUGUCCCUCUGGGUGCUGGCUGGUGGGAUGGGGGAGGGUGGGGAGCAGCUCCCAGCACCCCUGCUGUGUGGUUCAUCUUUUUUUUAGGCCCCUGCCUGUCUGCCCAUCUGCCCCUCACCCACCCGAGGCUCUGCCCACUGCCUGGACCUGCCCACCCCUGAAAGACUGGCCCCUGGCUCCCCGCCCCUCGGUCUCCACGUGGUGUAUGGAUCUGUGGUCAUUGUCCCUCUGCAGAAUAAAGAUUGCUCAGGCCUGCCUGGC